AUGAACUGGGAUUCUGGGACAUCGCAGGUGGGCUUGGGUGCGCUGGAACUUUCCCAGAGCCAGGAGUUAGAGAGCUCUGAGACGGCAAGCCCUGCGGACAAGGAGCGGGGGCGCUCCGGAGACACGACUCUGGGAGGAGAGGAAGGCUCCAAAGGUGAUCUUAAUACAGCAGCGCCUGGUGAAAUAACAGGGUUUGGGAGUGAUUGCAUUGAAAGCUCACAGGUCAUGUCCGGUAGCACCCCCAGAAUUCUGCAACUCUGUAAAGAGACCAUCGGUUGCCCAAUAUCUGCGUGCAGUCAACAUGAAAGAAGGCCACAAGCAAAGGAGCCCUUGCGUUGGGGUUCACCCGGUGUUGAGAUCUUGUCUACUCAGGAGGAUAUGUUUGAUCAGACUAGGCUGACAGCUUCGACUGGCGGCAGUAGCGUGCCCAAGGUGGAAGAAGAUGCUGGUUCUCUGACACUCACCCCCGUUGACUCUCUGCAUGUCCUCCACCUCUCCGGGCAGGGUCCUCUUUUCACCGGUGCUUCUGCUGGUACUGAACCUUCUCCUGAUUGCUCGCAAUCCAUACCUCUCAUUGUCCCAAGAAGCCCGACGGAAGAGUCCACAGGUGCGGCGGGAAGGGAGCAGGAGGAGUUGUCAGAUGGGAAGGCUGCAGGGCUUCCUCAGGCCUCCACGCCCGUCUCCGGCAGCAUUCCUUCUGUGGCUGCGGGGUUCAUUCCCAUUCCGUCACAGCCAGAGUUUUCUCAUGACACCUUCCUCCCAACGCCAAGCUUGGAGGAAGGGCCGGAGACACAAGCAGAGAGAGGGGAUAGCUCUGAAACGCUGGAGAAAGUGACUGCAUCCACAGGUGCUUGCGCAUUGGUGCUUUCUGCUAGUGAACACAGCCAGGUCACUCAGGCAGAGGGCAGAGCUCUGCGGGCGGAGGAGAAGGGCACGGCGACUGGCGAUGUUCCGGCCGAGCUCAGCCAUGGCACGCAGCCGGGCCUUAACCAGGGCGGCCGAGCCUUGCAGACGCCGACCGAAGGAAGAACCUGCCCUGCCCCCGUUGGGAUCGGAGACGGGGCUCGUGCAGCUCUUGGGAACCAGGCCUCUCCGGGGAGCUUCUUGGGAAAAGGGUCUCUGGUGGAGGAGAUGCCCAGUGUGGAGCAGAGAGAAACAAAAUCAUCGAGUGAUGAAGGGUGUUCCUUCCACUUGAUGCUUUCUCAAGAGCCGUCCCUUUGCCAGGAAGACACGGCAGCAAAGCAUGUGGUAUCUGCUCCUGCUCCAGCCACAGAGACUUCUCAACAUCCGCCCCAGGGGACUCAGGACAUGGGAGGCUCGAGGAAAGACUCCUUGGAGGAAGCGGAGGCUGCCCGAGGAGGGCGGAACGAGUUCAAGGCCGGCCCGCAGGUGCUGAAGGGCCGUGAGGCCCGGCCCCAGCUUGACACAGACAGUGAGAGGUGCCCGGAGGGGGUCCGUGCUCUCCCCGCCCGGAAGCUGCCUGCCGGGAUCCCUGCAGAGGCGGCAGGGGCAGAGGACAGCCGUGCAGAGGCAGCAGGGGCAGAGGAGAACAGGGGCCUCCCGCUGGAUGAGGGGAGAGCCCGGCGGGGCCGUGUGCCGGAGAGCCCAGCCGCUGGCGGAGAGCCCGUGGCCGUUCUGGAGAGCCAGCUGACUCCUGAAAGAAACCUGCCACUGCCAGGGAAAGGGGAGGAAGUGUUGACAGGGACUCCGAAACCGGGAGCCCGUCCACUGGAGGCAGGAAGCUGCACGGAGAACCAGCAGGAGGAGUCGAGCGCGCUGGAGGAGGAGAAGCAGCUGCAGGACAAGUCGUCUGAUGCCCCUGCUCUCCUGCCCGCUGAAACUCUGUUUCGUUUCACUUUGCUGAAGGAGGGGUCGUCCCUGGCCAGCAUCACUCCACCGCUCACUGGCCAGCUGAAAAAGGGCCCCAGACGACACAGCACUCCCAUUGUGACUGGAAACUGCCCAGACAGCACCAUAGCAACCAGUGAUGUCACAGCAGAGGGUGCCAAUGACGUCACAAUGGAGAGCUCCGUGGCGUCUUCCGGGAUGGAGGGGAGCCCCAAGGAGGAUUCUGUGGCCGUUGGGGAAGACGAAGGGAAGCUCUCCUUGCGCAUGAGCCUCACGGCCCCGGGAACUGAGGAGACCGAGUCUCUCCCCUUCAGCCUGGAGAAGCCUGUGGCCAGUGAAAGGAAGAAGGGGUCAGUUGCCGAAGCCAGUUCUCGAAGGACACCAUCUGUGUUCACUCGCAUCUGUGAGGCCCAACAAGAGAACAAGAUUCAAGGGCCAGAAUUACCUUGUUCACCGAUCAGGGGUGAACUGUUCAAUUUCCCGAGUUCUCAGGAAGAGGAGAAGCGACCCAGAAAAUGUACGAGCCAACGGACUCUGGAGUCCCUGAGCUGUAGACAGGUCCUGGACUUGAAGCCGGGAGUUCAGAGGCCGGUGAGCUGUAUGGCAGAGGGAGAAGCCGUGGAGAUGGUGGCCGCAGGAGCUCAGGAGGAGGAGGAGGAGGAGGAGAGAAGCCGGGCCUGGAAGGUCCCCAGUUCAGCAGGCCCCGCAGGAAGAAAUGGUGAAGGCGAAGUGCUUCCGGUUGGCAAGAGCAGCAAGGGUGUUCAGACUGCAGCAGCAGCAGCAGCAGCAGCAGCAGCAUUCCUCCGUGAGCCAGCGGUCUUUGUGUCAGCAGCUACACAGACAGCGCCUUGCAGUCGAGUGGAAGUGGAAAUGGGUACGGCUGAGCCGAAGCCCACAAGCGAUCCUGGGAAAGAGCCGCAACCCUCCGAUAACCAGAGUGAAGAAUUGGAUUUGCCCCCCUUGCCUCCGGGAAAAGUCUUGCGGCGCCACAUCCGAACCAUCCGUGAAGUGCGUACAGUUGUCACACGGGUGAUCACAGACGUCUACUACAAGGAUGGGGUGGAAGUUGAGCGCAAAGUGGUCGAGGAGACCGAAGAACCCACGGUGGAGUGCCAGGAGUGCGAAGUGGACACCUCUCCCUCCCGGGCGGGGGGCUCUUCGCUCACCUCUGGAGACCUCGGAGACAUCAGCUCCUUUUCCUCCAAAGCCUCCGGCCUCCAGCGCUCGUCCAGUGGGGGAAGCAGUGGCUUGUCAGUGAUGCCGAGCGCCGCGCACUCUGGCCGCAAAGUGGGGCUUCUCAGAGCAGGAGCAGGCAGAGGGGCGGAGUCUGGCGGCACGGCCUGGCCCGGGGCCAAGAAGCUGAGCCCGAAGAAAGGGGGUGGCCUGCCCUGUUGCCCCCCCCGGCCUGACGAAGGGGCAGCCUGCGAGGAGGAAGGGCGUGGCAACCAGCCGGUUGGGAGAGAGCCUCUGACCCCCCGUGGCCGAGGGAGACGUGGCCGGCCUGCCUCGCGGUCAUCGGGAGCGAGGAGUGGUCUGCCAGCACUGGAAGAUCUCUCGAGAACAGCCUUGCCGAAAGAGAAGCUCAGUGGUCACAUCCCAGGUGGCCCCGUGGAGGGGCCGGAGCCGGCUGAUGCCUCUCUGCGCCGCAGCGAUUCCCCGGAAAUCCCCUUGCAGGAAGGGCUGGCCGCCUCUGACUCCGCGGGGCUCUCCUCGUCUGGAAACAGCUUCGUGGGCCUCCGGGUGGUGGCCAAGUGGUCUUCAAAUGGCUACUUCUAUUCUGGGACCAUCACACAGGAUGUGGGAGGUGCCAAGUACAAGCUGCUCUUUGACGACGGCUAUGAAUGCGACGUUCUGGGCAGAGACAUCUUGUUGUGUGACCCCCUCCCACUGGAGACGGAGGUGACCGCCCUCUCGGAGGAUGAGUACUUCAGUGCAGGAAUAGUGAAGGGGCACCGCAAGGAAGCCGGACAGCUGCUCUACUGCGUGGAGAAAGACGGUCAGAGGAAGUGGUACAAGCGGGCGGCCGUCAUUCUGUCCUUGGAACAAGCGGGCCGGCUCCGGGAGCAGUUUGGACUUGGCCCCUACGAGCCCAGCACGCCCCUGACCAAGGCGGCCGACAUCAGUCUCGAUAACUUGGUGGAGGGGAAGCGGAGGAGGCGCAACAACCUGGGCCCGGCCCGCUCCUCGGGCGGCAGCACGACACCGACGCGCAAGGGCCCCCCCGGGAGCCCCCAGGCCCCCCACAGGCUGCUGUCUGGCAAGAGGAAGCUGAUGGCCUCUGAGGAGGAGGAGGAGGAGGAGGAGGGGAGGUCCCCCGCCAAGCGAGGGCGGCGGUCGGCCACCACCAGGCCAGGGGAGGUGACGGCUCUGCCCAGCAGUAAAGACUCCGGAGAUCUCUUGGACCUUGAUCCGCGAUGGGGGCCUUUGCCCCACAACAAGACCCUCUUUCUGGGGUACGCGUUUCUCCUCACAAUGGCAAAUCCCAGUGAUAAACUCUCCAGCCACCAAAAGUCUGCCGUGAGCAGUGAGGAGGAAGAAGAAUUCUCGGAGGCAGCUCCUUUCAACAAGCAGUACAUUGAGCUUCAGCUGCAGUCUGGAGGUGGUUUCAUUCUGGAGGAUUUCAAUGAAAGCCAGUGCCGCGCAGCCCACCAGUGUUUCCUGAUUGCAGACCAGCACUGCCGCACCCAGAAGUACUUCCUGUGCCUCGCAGGAGGGAUACCGUGUGUCUCUCACCUCUGGGUCCAUGACAGUUGCCAUGCCAACCAGCUGCAGAACUACCGCGAUUACCUGUUGCCAGCUGGGUACAGCCUGCUGGAGCAGAGGCUGCUGGAGUGGCACCCCCGAGAGAACCUGUUCCAUAAGCUGAAGGUACUUCUGGUGUCCAACGAACUGCGGGACUUUCUGGAACGCUGGGCCGAAGUUCUCAUGAUUGGGGGAGCAGAUUCUGUUAAGAAACAUCUGUCCGAUGCUUGGAAUGAAGAUGUUGGUUUGGGGGUCUUUGAUGUGGUGGUGACCGACAGCUCCUGUCCUGUGGUCAUCUUGAAAUGUUCAGAAGCCUUACAGCUGCCCGUGGUCAACCAAGAGUGGAUCAUCCAAAGCCUUGUUGCGGGCAAGACGGUUGACUUCAAGCACCCGCAGUAUCGGCUGGGGUCUGGCCCCUCUUGAGCUGGGCCCUGCUGCAGGCUCCCCCUGUCUGUCGGCUGACCUGUGCAUGAUGUGUGCUACAGUUAAAUUG